CCCGCGGCGGAGCUCAGCGGGCCGGCUGCACCGAGCCCGGCAGAAGGCCCCGCGGCAUGAGGGGGCAAGAGGCGGUGGUGGUGACCGCGACGGUGACGCCCGAGGCGGGCCGCGACGGGGAGCAGUGUCGGCAGCCGGCGGGGCUGGGGAGCGGGGCGCGCGGGGAGCCCGGCCGCAGCGGCCCCCAGGAAACCGGCAAACAGUGGAAGAAAUUUUUAUAUUGUGAGCCACAUAAGAGAAUUAAGGAAGUACUGGAAGAAGAACUUUAUAUUAAGAGAGAUGAAUGCCACAUUAAAAAUCCACCUGCAGUGGCCCUGGAAGGGAUCUGGAGCAUUAAAAGGAAUCUCCCUGUGGGAGGCAUGAAGCCAGGACUGCCAAGCAGGAACAGUUUAUUGCCGCAAGCCAAGUACUACUCCAGGCACGGAGGGCUGAGAAGAUAAGAUGAAUACAAUUUUCCAUUGAGGAAAAAAACCUCUUUCUCCUGAUGUCUGAAGAACAGAGAAGAAACUCAAGCUUGUUUCAGGAUUUAAGAUGUGUAAAAAAUAUAUAUUAGUUUGUAACUCCUAUUAUUGGCAUUAAUACCUAUCCAUAAAUUAAUCCAAAGUAAUGAAAGAUGAUUGGUAAGGUGUACUAAGCAC